CGUGGCAUUGAUAAACAUAGAUGGCGGUGGUGUGUCAGAGCUGCUCAGAGUUUGUCUAUUUGAGAGUUUAAAAUGAUUAUUUUAAGUCAAUAAGCAGGUUUUGUUCCUCUAUGCAUGAUAACUGCUGUGUUGUUGAGGUGUGAAGCGGUAAGAUGAGCGGCUGGGCCGGUUUCUCUGAAGAGGAGUUACGGAAGAUGCAGCAGAAUGACUCGGCGGUGCCCGCAGCGGCAGCAGCCCGCGGGAGGAAACCGGCUCCAGCGAACCGGAGUCGGCAGCAGCUGCAGCGGGAGAGGGCCCUCCAGCUGGCGGCUCAGAAACACUCUGCUUCAGCCGCGUCUCUCUGCCUCCCAGCGGAGCAACUACUCACCAAGCCGCCGCCGCCACCACCGGCUCCUCAGCCGCCCAGGGAAGAGCCUCAGCCCGCAGCCCCUCCAGCAGGAGCUCCGGCUGUCAGACAGCACCAACCCAGCGAGGUGAAGCCGGCUCCGGAGGAGGAGACCCACCCGGCCGUCAAAGAGCUGGAGAAACAAGAGGUGGCACUACGGGAAAAGACACGUCUGGAACUACUGCAGGAAGACCAAAAGAUGAUCGAAGAGGGGAAUAAGCGCAAGAAAGCUCUGCUGACAAAAACCAUCGCCGAGAAGUCCAAACAGACUCAGGCCGAGGCUGUGAAGCUGAAGAGGAUCCAGAAGGAACUCCAGGCCCUCGAUGACAUGGUGUCCAAUGAUAUCGGCAUCCUGAGAGGCAGGAUAGAACAAGCCAGCUGGGAGUACUCCACUGCCAGAAAGCGGUACGAGAAGGCGGAGACCGAGUACGUGACGUCCAAGAUGGACCUGCACAAGAAGACGGAGGUGAAGGAGCAGCUGACGGAGCACCUCUGCGCCAUCAUCCAGCAGAACGAGCUGCGUAAAGCCCACAAGCUGGAGGAGCUGAUGCAGCAGCUGCAGCUUCAGGCCACUGAGGAGGAGCUGGAGAGACAGAAGGUGGAGGAGGAGGAGGAGGAGGCGAAGAAGAAGAAGAAGAAAGGAGGCUGUGUGGAGACACAGAGAGACGGGAAACAGGGAAACGGUUCAGUGGAGAAUCAGGAGGGAACAGUGCAAUCAACCAAAGACUGUCGACCCACAGAGGAAGAGACUGUCAAGGAGGAGAAGGGAGGUGACGUCCAGCAGGAGCACCACCCGAUGACUGAAGCACCGAAGACUGAACAGGACUGUAAAACAUUAGAAAACUGUGUUCAGAGCGGAAUUGUGGCCUCCUGAUGCUCAGAAAUGAGAGACAAAUAUCUGGACAUUAUCACACAUGCCGCACAUAAAACAGUAACACUACAAUAAUGCUGUCCGCGAGAUGAAGCGAUGCUGUAACGUCCAGGGCUGGGUAUCGAACAUCGAUACUUUUUUGGUACCAACCAAAAUGAGCCCGUCUCCUAAAAAUGACGCUCUUCUACUGCUAAAUGUUUUAGCUUAAUAUGUUUUGAUGGGAAAUGCAAUUUCUGCCCGGAUUCUGUUCAGACUUGGGGUUCGUGCCAGAGGUCGUAGGGAGGUGGUCGGGGUGAACGGUGGGCGUACAAACCCAGGAACAGGGUUUAUGUCCUGCAUCCCAUGUGUUAAUUAUUAUGUAUUAUGGGUUGGGAAAGAUUGUGGUUUUGGUUUUUAUUAAAUAUUGAAAAAGUAAGCACGUUCUGUGACUUUUGACUUUUUCAAUUUUGAACCAACACCGCACUCUUAUCCAAACCUUUAACAAAGUGCUGGGUGGAAAUCCGUCCUCAUGAGCUACAACAGUGAAGUAGCUGCCACCGAUGUUAAAGUUGGGGGGGGGAUAAGAGAGCAUUGGUAUCGGAUCGGUAUUGGGGGGAGAUAGGUAUUAUUAGUGCAUCCCUAUUUGCGACGUUGCAGAUCCCUUCAUUACAGACAUUUCUCUAUUAUGUUGAUAAAAACAAAAAUCUAGGGCAGUAUUUCAUGUCCUUCAAAA